GUAACCCAGGCUGGUUUUGAACUCCUGGGCUCAAGCCAUCUGCACACCGUGGCCUCUGAAAGUGCUGAGAUAACAGGCAUGAGCUACUAUGCCCCGCCUGUAGUUAGGGUUUGGACACAUUCUGCCUGACACCAACAUCUAUCCUCUUUUAACAGAUUAUGUAGCCUCUUUGUAGUAAUGAAUGUUGAGUGAAUGUGUUAGUGAACAUUGCCAGGGUAUACAUAUUUUUCUAAUUAUAAACUGAAGAGAGCAAUCCACCAUGCCCCAGCACCUGCAUCAUACACCUGCAUCAUACCUGUUCUAAAGCACUUACCAAGUUGUAUUGCAAUGGUUUGUCUACACAGUUAGUUCUCCCUAGAACGACUUAUUGAAGGCCAGGGGCUAUGUCUUACUCAUUUUUUUAAUGUCCCCAGGGAUUAGCUAGUUCUUGGGAAACAACUGGGACUCAAAAUAGUUUGCCAAGUGAAUGAUUGAGAGGCCCAAUCAAGCUACUACUUCCCUUCAGUGCUGCACAGUGCAGCAAAUAACCAGCUCAGAUAUGGGUUCAAAGACCACAGGUUUCUCCUUGGACAGCUCAGCUCUCGUCAUAACUCCUGAGAAACCCUGGACAUGCCAGGGUAUGGUAUGGAGUGGUUGCAUCCGGAAGAGGGGGAGGAAGUUCCAAAUACUAAGUAAUCCAGGUUUGGGUUGGAAAACAAGGUUGAAGUUACUCAUUAGCAGGUGAAAGGGUCAAGGGUCGAAUGCAAGGGAGCUGAAAGCAGAGUGGACUGAGCAGCCAGUAGGGGAGAGCAGUUAAGGCACACACAGCACCAGCUCCCUCCUGCCUGAAGAUGUUCCGCCAAAUUUGGGCAGCUCUGCUCUACCUCUAUGGUGUUAUCCUUAACUCCAUCUACCGGUGCCCUGAGCACAGUCAACUGACAACUCUGGGCAUGGAUGGGAAGGAGUUCCCAGAGGUCCACCUGGGCCAGUGGUACUUUAUCGCAGGGGCAGCUCCCACCAAGGAGGAGUUGGCAACUUUUGACCCUGUGGACAACAUUAUCUUCAACAUGGCUGCUGGCUCUGCCCCGAUGCAGCUCAACCUUCGUGCCACCAUCCGCACAAAAGAUGGGCUCUGUGUGCCCCGGAAAUGGAUCUACCACCUGACUGAAGGGAGCACAGAUCUCAGAACUGAAGGCCGCCCUGACAUGAAGACUGAGCUCUUUUCCAGCUCAUGCCCAGGUGGAAUCAUGCUGAAUGAGACAGGCCAGGGUUACCAGCGCUUUCUCCUCUACAAUCGCUCACCACAUCCUCCCAAAAAGUGUGUGGAGGAAUUCAAGUCCCUGACUUCCUGCCUGGAUUCCAAAGCCUUCUUACUGACUCCUAGGAAUCAAGAGGCCUGUGAGCUGCCCAGUAACUGACCUGUAACUUCGUCUAAGUCCCCAGAUGGUACAAUGGGAGCUGAGUUGUUGAAGGGAGAAGCUGGAGACUUCCAACUCCCAUUCAAGAUAAUAAAGAUGAUUUUUCAAUCCUCAUCUCA